AUGAACCAAAAAGGAAGUGGGUUCAUUGAUGAGGGAGGGGAGGCCGAAGAUGGGGAGGUGGAGGACGACGGUGAUUGCUUUGGCCGGAAAAUGGGAGUGAGUUUUGGAGAGGCUGCUUGCCCUGGUCUGGUAGCUGGAAUGAGUGUAUCCUCUCGAGGCUGCAAAAAUUGGUACACAAUCAUCAUAAACCCUAGUUUUGUUACUAAGCACUUGAACCACCACAACAACAGUGGCCGUCUUUUUGUUAAUCGUUAUGACAAAAUUUCCAAUAAAUAUGUUUUCUCACUGUUCUCCGAUCAAACACUUGCCGGUUCUCCCCCGGAGUAUCAGGAUGUGGUUGUGGAUCUGCCCAACUGUAUUUGGAUUAGUUCCUGUAAUGGCUUGCUGUGUCUUUCCUAUAGUUUGGAACGCUUUGCUCUGUGGAAUCCUGCAACUAGAGAAUUUAGGUCCCUCCCACUACUCCCUCGUAACUUUACACCGAAUGUGGUGAGUUCUCAAGAAACUUUUGGGUUUGGUUUGGAUCCCAUUACUAACGAUUACAAGGUAGUUUGGAUUUGGGACAGUGAGGAUGAUAUUAGAGAUAUAAAGUUACGUGCUUAUGAGGUUGCUGUGUAUACCCAUUCUACUCAUUCCUGGAAAUAUCUUGAUGUUGCUUUGCCUUAUUCGAGCAUUGACAUCCCUCAGUCCAACACAUACAUUAAUGGAGUUUAUCACUGGUUUGCAAUAGACAAUGAAGGUCAUCAUGUGAUCCUUGCAUUUGACAUGGGCAAUGAGUUGUUUCACGAGAUACAUGGCAUUCCGUGUUCAAAAUGUGCAAGUCUUGUACCCUACAAUAACUCUCUUGCUCUGAUUUAUUAUGAUUGCAAUCCAGUUGAGAUAUGGGUGAUGAGAGAAGAAGGGGGUCGGACAAAACAAUUCACCGUUGAACUUUCAGGAAUGAGUUUGCCAUUUGGGUUUUGGAAGAAUGGUCAGCUUAUUACAGAAAUUGGUUGUGGUCAUAUGGCCUUGUAUGAUCCAGAGACUUGUGAAAUUAAGUAUAUUGGAUCCUGCAUUUGGAUUGACUGCUUCGUCUACAGGGAGAGCCUAGUCGUGAUCAGGGGUGUUGGAGAUAGAUUGCUAGAACAGGAUCAGUUGUCUGAUGUUGAUCAAAUUUUAAACUUUUCUAAUGUUGGAGACUAGAAUAUAAUCCUGUAUUUCUUUGUUUAUGAACAAUGAUUCUACCCCUUAUUUUUUCUUUAUUUUUUUCGUCUUUCUGUGGGGGAUGGUGGAGAGAGCACAAUUUUCAAUGUUACCAACUGUUCCAGUAAUCAAGUAGGCAAGACGCACAUAACAGAAG